UGUGAUUUACAGGGACCUCAAAGAAUUGUUUAUUUUCUCUCACCUGACAAAAAGUCUGGAUGUGGUCAUAAGUGUCAGAGGUGUUGAUUCAUCAAGGAUUUGGACUUCUCAUCCCCCUCUCCCAUCCUUAGCAUGUUGUCCCCUCCAUGCCACAAGGUGGCUGCCACAGCUCCAUGAAGGGAUUGACGCAGCACCACUUUAUCAUAAGAGUAAAAGCUUUCCCAGAACUCUGCCACCAUAUUUUCCUUUAAAUUUCAUCGGCCAGAACCAAGUCACAUGCUCCUCCCACUUCAAGGAAGGCUGGGAAAUUGAGCAUUUGGCUAAGAUUGUCAUGGCUGCCUAGGAGCAAUCAUAGUUCAUCCUCUGGGGAUGGGCCCUCCACUCUCUCUGGGUUCAGGUGGCAAGGACAACAUCAUAAUCAGCAACUAACAGUGUUUGCUCUGGUCUGGCCGCAGAAAACUCUCCUUGAGCAGUGGUGUCCGUGGUCUGAGGCUCCAAAUGCUCACACCCAGGCAAACAGUGCCCUCUACAGAGCUCAGGAGUUGGGAUGCCAAGUUUGCCUCCUCUUGCGGUGAAGUGUCCUCCCUGCAUUGGUUUUGUCUCUCUGACAAGAUGAUGCCCAGGAGGGAGCACCAUUUCUCAGGUCCCCUUCACAUCUCUUAGGAUGGGCAAAACAGCAGCCAGAGCACUGACAAGUGCAUUGACGACUCUGACCAGCAGCUCUCCAGUGUCACUAGGCGUGGCAGCCUGGGGCCAGGUCCUCCUGGAAGGUCUCGGUAGAGUCUCUUCCUUGCCUAGUUGCCCAUACUGACUCAGUUGUGAACCCCCCUACUUAGGAAGGUGGGGGAUCACCCUAGCUCAUCCGCCAUAGCACUGGCCUCCUCAACCUCCAGCUCCUUACAUCCAUUUCUGCUAACAGGCUCGUCUAUCCAUCACUAAGUCUUCUCCUGAGAGCACUUUAUAGAUAUAUCUCUACUAUAAAUGCAUGAUUAUCCUCAUUGUAUAGAUGAGAAACUCAGUUUAGAGAGUUCACGUGACUUCGCCAAGGCCAUAAAACCCUGAGUGCCAGUCUGGGAUUCGAACCUGUAUAUAGAUUAUUCGAUGACUUCCAGAGCGGUCCAUCCACUGCGCUGUUUCCCUGCCGCAGGUCCUAGACUCCAGCUGUCUCCUCAGCAACGUCCUCCCAUAGAAAACGUCCUUGGAAAACGCUGACGGAGUCUUUUGAGCCUCGGCCGCACCCGUCACUCGCGCAGCAGCCGGAAGUAGCGGGCAGUUGGCCGGAAGUGGGGCUGUGAGGCCCGGGUGCUGCUGGAGGAGUCGCCGUGGCGCGGCAGACGGCGGGAGCUGGGCUCUAGUGUCGCGUCGCCCGCGCUCGCCAGGCUCAGUAUCUGGCACCAAUUCUGGCCCAGUCAUUUGUGAUCCAUGGCUCUUGUGAAAUGCCGAAGAUUUCCAGGCAGUUUCUGUGGAACGCCUCCCCAUCCAGCUGUAAUCAAGCACCAUGUAAACAAGAAAGUACCUGGUCAAACCUGUGAGGACUGUGUUCUGACUGCCAAAACGAUCAGUACUGACACCAGAAUGGCAGCCACUCUCAAGCUGUUAAAACCUUUAGUACGUCAAGCGUUUUGCAGUCCUUCUGCCUACAGUGCAACCCAAAGAGCGGCAUAUUGGAAUGUAGGAAGCUACACAUGGCCCAAGGGACAAGACCCUCCAGAACACAGUGGCCUCUGCCAUCCUACCAAAAAAGUUGAGAACAUUUGUACUACCUUCUCUUCUCGGAGAAUCCUGACAACCAGCAGUGCUCUCCCAAGUUUGGAAUUCAGUAGAGCUUCUGCCUCUAAGGCCAGCACGUUGAAUCCGGGCUCACCCAGGGCCAUGAGGAUUGAUAAAGAGGAUAUAGAAGCUUUUGAUUCCUUUAAAGACCCCCGAGUUUUCCUACAGCUAAGACCAGAGUACCAACUUCACAGCUAUAACAGAUCUGAGACUUGUCAGCCCUUGUCUGUUUCAGAAGGUGAACUAAUUUUGCACAAAGUUACAGUGUAUCGGGAUAAUCUCCAGCCUCAAAUCAUUGCUGAUUAUUUCUGUAAGCUGAGCUCUUUGCCUGCAGAGCAGCAUUCUGUUCUGCUAUCUAGUGCCAGCUUUGCUUUGCUCUGCCAGCUGAGUGUGAAAAACAUACAACUCUUUGACUCCCCAGAUCUGAUCAAUAUCUUGAAAGCCUUUGUCAGUUUAGGGAUCCCUCACUCCCAUCCAAUGUUAGAUGUGUAUGAAACCAACUUUUGCCAUAAGGUAUGGGAGAUGAGUCUGGAUCAACUUCUCUUGGUGGCUGACCUCUGGCGGUACUUGGGCCGCAAAGUACCUCGGUUUUUAAAAAUCUUUUUUAGUUAUCUUAAUUUGCACUGGAAAGGUCUAUCCUUGUCCCAGCUGAUUCAUUUAAUUUAUAUUAUAGGUGAAAGUCGUCAGGUACCCCAGGACCUAAUGCAAAAACUGGAAUCAUUGAUCCUCAAGUAUAUAGAUUUGAUCAAUUUAGAGGAGGUUGGUACAAUCUGUUUGGGGUUCUUUAAAUCAAGUAGUAGUCUCUCUGAAUUUGUCAUGCGGAAAAUUGGAGACCUGGCUUGUGCUGACAUGCAGCAUCUGAGUAGUUAUGCCUUAGUGAAUAUUCUUAAAAUGUUUCGUUUCACUCAUGUGGAUCACAUAAAUUUCAUGAAGCAAUUUGGACAGAUUGCUCCUCAGCGAAUUCCUUCCCUGGGAGUUCAGGGUGUCAUGCACCUGACUCUUGCCUGUUCAGCCUUACACUUCUUGGAUGAAGGGGUAAUGAAUGCCGUGGCUGCUUCUUUGCCUUCUAGGGUAGCAUACUGUCGAAGUAAAGAUGUUGCCAAGAUUCUGUGGUCAUUUGGAACUCUGAAUUAUAAGCCACCCAAUGCAGAAGAGUUUUAUUCUAGCCUGAUAAAUGAGAUUCACAGAAAGAUGCCUGAGUUCAACCGAUAUCCAGAACACCUGCUCACCUGCCUGCUGGGCCUGGCAUUUUCUGAAUACUUUCCGGUAGAGCUCAUCGAUUUUGCUUUGAGUCCAGGGUUUAUCAGGUUAGCUCAAGAGAGAAGUAAGUUUGAACUCACUAAGGAGCUGUAUACUCUUGAUGGUAUAGUUGGCAUUGAGUGUCCAGAUUACAGAGGCAAUCGUCUUUGUUCUCACCUUCAGCAAGAGGGGUCGGAAAUGCUAUGGAAUUUAGCAAGGAAGGAUAUGAUGUCAAAGCCUGAAUUCCUAGAAGCUCUCUUUUUACUUGAGACCAUGUUGGGUGGGCCUCAGUACAUCAAGCACCAUAUGAUUUUGACUCAUACCCGAUCUUCUGACUUAGAAGUCCAGCUUGAUGUUAACCUGAAGCCAUUACCAUUUAACAGAGAAGCCACACCAACUGAAGAUGUAGCCAAAUUAAGGCUUAAGCAUGUGGGAGUCAGCCUUACGGAUGAUUUGAUGAAUCAGCUACUAAAAGGGAAAUCAAGAGGGCAUUUCCAGGAGGAAGCUGAGUCAGAGACUGGGCAGCAGCCCAUGGAAUUAGAGAAGAAGGCAGCCAUACACUUGGGGGCCUCCUUUUGCAAUGUGGCAGACAGAUUGGGGGCCAUGGAGAUGGCUAGCCUGUGUCCCCCAGGCUACAUGCAGGCCCCACGAGUGAAACUGGCUGUUCAGUUGACAAACAAGAACCAGUAUUGCUAUGGUUCCAGGAAUCUGCUUGGACUGCACAAUAUGAAGAGGCGGCAGCUGAAUCGGCUUGGGUACCGUGUGGUAGAGUUAUCUCACUGGGAAUGGCUCCCACUACUGAAACGAACUCGCUUAGAAAAGCUGGCAUUCCUCCAUGAGAAAGUGUUCACCGCUGCUCUCUGAAGGACCUUUGGGGCAUUUCUACUCAAAGACUGUAGAUGUGCCCUGUACCAGAUGUUAUGAAACAGUUAUAAAAGCCAGAAUGUAGGUUUGAUAAUAAAAUCACCUGUGGAGGAGACUUAGUUGUGCUCUUGUCCGUGGCAGAUUGAAGCUAGUGUAUGUCACUGUGAAUUAAUUGUAACCUGGUCCAGUUGUACAAAUUGCUGCGAAUUUGUGCUGGUAAAUAAUAAACAUCUUAAAGUGUCCUAUGGUC